AGUAACCGGCCAGUAGGGGCUCAUCCUUCGCGUGAAACGUAUCGGGUACGUUCGCCGAGCCGACGAGAAUUCGAGAAGACCGAGCGAGUAUCGCCAUCGACCGAGCCGCAGACGUCGUCGUGGUCGUUCCCGUCGCCCGGGUGACACGCCGCUCCCCGUUCGAGAGAAAGGAAGAAGGACGAGCCGGACCGCUGGGGCCACGGUGGUUUCCCGUGCACGCGAACCCCGGAGGAUAUCGGCCCAAGGCGCAGCGAGAGAGGUAACUGACCCUGUGCAACAGCGCGAACGUUCGGCGCUGGAUCAACCGACCGCUUCGGGAGACCGGUGACCUCGCCAACCGAAGAUCGAUCCGCGGGCAGCAGCAGCAGCUUCUCUCCUACGUGAGAUCCACCCAUCCGCCUUGUCCCGUCGAUGUCACCACGGCGAUCCCUGGAAUAGGCCCGAACGAACCGUACCGCGACCAACCACGAAGCGGACCGCGACACGAACCGGAGAGAGCUAGCAAGAGAUCUCGUUCGUUCCACUGGCGAGUGAUCGCCCGGACUUUGUACGAAACGCUCGACAGGAGCUGAGUAGCGUCCCGGUACCACGAUCGUGUUACCAGGCUCGCGUAAGGCCGUCCGGCUAUUGGGACGUCUGGUGGGAGCGCGUGAUUGCUCGUUCCUCACGGAUUUCCCGAAACACCCCCAAAACGGCAACCCGUCGUCGUCGUGGUGCUGCCGGGGCCCCGCCGUUAGCCGCGAGAGAUCGCGAGAAGGGAGCUUGGCAGAGUCGGACGGGCGAUCGGCCAGAGGAUCGGCCUCCUCGUGCGCGACCGGCUCCACCGCCGCCACCUACGCCGCUUACUGGCGGCCCAGUGAAAUGGAGGAGAAGUCCUCGGCUCGGUUCUCCGAGUACCUGUUCGCCAAGAUGGACGGGCAGGACGUCUCGGCCUCUCAGGGCCCCCGUAAGGUGACCGCCGACACCAGGAAAUUCAUGCGGGAGAACCUCCUGCUCGUCGUCACCCUCUCCGGCGUUCUCUUCGGCGUGAUACUCGGGUUCGGUCUGCGACCCUUGGGCCUCGGCGAUGACGCAGUUAUGUUAAUCAGUUACCCUGGAGAGCUCUUCAUGAGGCUGUUGAAGUUAAUGAUCUUGCCGCUGGUGAUCGCCAGCCUGAUAUCCGGCUCCGCGAGCCUGAACGCAAGGAUGAACGGGAUGAUCGCUGUCCGCACGUUGGUCUACUUCAUACUCACGUCGUUGCUGAACGCGGUCCUCGGCGUAAUACUGGUACUUCUGAUCCAUCCUGGUAAUCCUGGGAUCAGAAAAUCGAUGACCACCUCGCACAACGGACGCGCCGUCAACAUCCUGGACAGUCUUCUGGAUUUGGGAAGGAACAUGUUCCCGGACAAUAUUUUCCAAGCAGCGUUCCAGCAGGCACACACGGUCUACGUGCCGAAAACCCAGCCCUUCCGGAACCUCAGCGACUCGGUGUCCUCGGAGGUCCUCGGAGAAGAGGAACUUAUGCGAGUCACCCAGUACAGGAGCGGAACGAACACGCUGGGCAUUGUUUUCUUCUGUCUGGUCUUUGGAACGUUCUUAGGUACCCUCGGGGAAAAGGGACAGAUCGUCAUCGAUUUCUUCAAGGCUGUCUUCGAGGUCAUCAUGCGCAUGGUGUCGACCGUCAUGUGGAUGACACCGGUGGGGAUCACGUCGGUGAUAGCUGGAAAAAUACUAGGCGUGACCGAUUUGGCGCUGGUGAUGUCGCAGCUCGCCUGGUUCAUCGUCACGAUCGUGAUCGGUGUUUUUUUCUAUCAGCUGGUGAUCAUGCAGCUGAUCUACCUGGCCUUCGUGAGAAAGAACCCUUUUAAAUUCUACGCCGGCCUCGCCCAGGGUACCCUCACCGCUUUCGCCAUGGCAUCAACGGCUGCCGCGCUCCCGGUCACGUUCCGCCUGAUGACGGACAAGCUCAGGGUCGAUCCUCGAGUUACCAGAUUCGUUCUGCCGAUCGGUUGCAACAUUAACAUGGACGGCACGGCACUGUUUGUCGCCGUCGCCAGUAUAUUCAUCGCGCAGAUGCACGGUAUCGCUUUGGGCUUCGGCGAGAUUAUAACCGUUAUCUUAACGUCAACCGCUGCGUCUGUGUCAUCAGCUUCAGUUCCGAGCGCUGCUCUAGUGCUCCUCCUCGUCGUGUUAAGCGCCAUCGACGCUCCCGUUUACAACGUCUCCCUGUUAUUCACCAUCGAUUGGUUCGUGGACCGCAUACGGACCACCAACAACAUGUUGGGCGAUUGUUAUGCCGCCGCAGUGGUCGAACAGCUGUCCAAGAAGGAACUGAUGGCCCUCGAUGCGGCAGCCUAUCAGUCGGAGACCGUUCUGCCGACGACGAUCGCGAAUGGAUGCAUUUCCGCCAACAGAGUACCUGAUCCUGACACCAUCGUAGUCGAGAUGCAGGACGAUACGAGGAUAGCCGGCAUCGCCAAGUAAACAAGCUUGUUGCAUCAGCGUGUUGCAGAUGCCCAGGAGCGUGACGGAAGAGACAGUCUGACCAGUGGUUCACCCUGUGUUUAGCUCUAGAUAUCGUCGACCGAAUUGUUAACGAACUUCGCACGCUUUCGUCCCCCCUGGCCGAAAGAUACGUGUCAACCGUGGAUCAAAAUACUAAAAAGGGGUACACAAUAACGUUUUCUACUGUCGGCGAAACCUUUUUCCAUUGUAACGAUUUCGCGACGGGAACGUCUCGAGAA